UAUAACCAUAUAUAUUUGCAAGAAUAAGAAAAAUAAACAAUUUUUCCAAGUCUUUUAUUGUAAACUUUUUUAAUAACUACAACUAAGUAAUCAUGUCGGCCGAUGUGCGCGAUAUUCUGGACAUGGAGCGUGCCAACACGCCUGAAGUGACGAGGGAUUCGUUUCUGGCCACCAAGAAGCGGAAUUUCGAGCGGACCAAGACUGCAUCCCGUCGACCGGAGGGAAUGCAUCGGGAGGUGUUCGCCCUGCUCUACACAGACAAAAAGGAUGCUCCGCCGCUCCUGCCGACGGACACGGCACUGGGCAUUGGAGCCGGCUACAAGCAGACGAAGGCGCGUCUGGGGAUGAAGAAGGUUCGCAAGUGGGAGUGGGCUCCAUUCUCGAAUCCGGCGCGCAACGAUGCCGCUGUCUUUCACCACUGGAAACGGGUCACCGACGACUCCACCGACUAUCCCUUCGCCAAGUUCAACAAACAGCUGGAGGUGCCCUCCUACACCAUGACGGAGUACAAUGCGCACCUGCGAAACAACAUCAACAACUGGAGCAAGGUGCAGACAGAUCACCUGUUCGAUCUGGCCAGACGUUUCGACCUCCGUUUCAUUGUGAUGGCGGAUCGGUGGAACCGGCAGCAGCAUGGCGCCAAGACCGUGGAGGAGCUGAAGGAGCGCUACUACGAGGUGGUGGCCCUGCUCGCCAAAGCCAAGAAUCAGACCAGCGAGAAGAAAGUAUUCGUCUAUGAUGCCGAGCACGAGCGGCGGCGCAAGGAGCAGCUCGAAAAGCUGUUCAAACGCACCACCCAGCAGGUCGAGGAGGAGCAGAUGCUGAUCAACGAGAUGAAGAAAAUCGAGGCCCGUAAGAAGGAGCGCGAGCGCAAGACACAGGACCUGCAAAAGCUCAUCUCACAGGCAGAUCAGCAGAACGAACACGCCUCCAACACGCCCAGCACCCGGAAGUACGAAAAGAAACUGCACAAGAAGAAGGUACACCAUCAGCCGCGACCCUCCAAGGUGGACUCGGUGGUGAACGCAAUAGAGAUAGGCAGCAGCGGCAUCAAGUUCGCUGACCUGCGCGGUUCCGGCGUUUCGCUGCGUUCGCAAAAAAUGAAGCUGCCGGCGAACAUUGGCCAGCGCAAGGUAAAGGCCCUCGAGCAGGCCAUCCAGGAGUUCAAAGUUGAUCCCGCUCCGCCGCCGACGGAGGACAUAUGCAUCUCCUUCAACGAGCUGCGUUCCGAUAUGGUUUUGCUCUGCGAGCUGCGCACAGCCCUGUCCACCUGCGUCUACGAGAUGGAGAGCCUGAAACACCAGUACGAGGCCGCCUGUCCCGGCAAGACGCUGAACAUCCCGCCCUCACUGGUGCCCAUCAAGACCGAAGCUCUGGACAAUAGCACAAAUUAAUUAAGUUAACGCGGCCCGUUUCCACUACUGCAGAUUCUCCAGACGCCGACGUGUGUGCGGCGUGCUAAUCAUUGUAACCCGUUUUCCAGUGUCCAUAUUUGUGCAUUUGCGCUACUCCCAGUCCGCAUGGGGAAAUAAAUGGAUAAACAAGAAAA